AUGUAUAAUGACACAAACGACGAUGGUGAAGACAGAGAUGAAGAAGAUGUUAUAAACAACGAUUUGUCCGUGGAUGAUGUUGUUGCUAGAACUCCAUUACCUUGGUUCAGUCAAAUAAACGAGAACUAUGAGGUGGACAUACAUUGGGGUGAUUCGGGGAGCCAGUGUUCGUUUCGUGUCGGGGGAGAAUUUGAGAAGGGCAUGAUUUUCGACAAUAAGAAAGCGCUACAGGAAAUGGUGAAAUUGUAUUCCAUAGAGCGAAAUCAUUUCUACACCACAGUGACGUCGAAUCAGAAUGUCCUUCAUUUAAAGUGCAAGAGGGGGUGUGGUUGGUCGCUACGUGGUACAAAAACAAAUCUAACCACACGUGCCUUUAAGAUCGUAUCUUACAAGGGCCCACAUCGCGACAAUUGUGUUAAUGAAGUUCCGCCCAGAGAUCAUCGACACUUGGACUCCUCUGUUAUAUGCGACUAUGUGAAGUCGUUUGUGCAGAAAGAUCCAUGUUUGAGAGUUGAGUUCAUACAACAUAUCAUCUCCAACAAAUUUCAAUUCGAUGUUCCAUAUCGAAGAGCGUGGUAUGCCAAACAGAAAGCGAUUGCGGAAAUUUUUGGGGAUUGGGAGAGUUCAUACAACAGACUUCCUUCAUUCAUGCAAGCCCUCCAGGAGUCGAACCCAGGCACUGUAGUUCUGUGGAAAUACAAAGCUAUUGCUGAAGGCGUUUAUUACAGCAACAUGGAGGUAUUUGAACGAGUGUUUUGGGCCUUUAAGCCUUCCAUCGAUGGGUUCAAACACUGCAUGCCUCUGUUAUCUAUUGAUGGGACACACUUGUAUGGGAAAUAUAAAGGCACACUUUUGGUUGCUACAAGUGUUGAUGCUAAUUUUCAGGUAUUUCCUUUCGCAUUUGCAAUAGUUGAAGGGGAAAACACCUCGAGUUGGUCCUGGUUUCUAAGCUGCAUUCGGGUUCAUGUUACUGAUCGAGAGGGCCUAUGUGUUAUAUCUGACCUCGAGUUGGUAGGCCAGCUAUGCCUGCUAGGCGUCGACGCGAGGAGGAGGAGGAAGACGAUUAGGAGCAUGCAUAUGAGGCGCCGCCACACCCACCAUCGGACUUAG